AUGGUGGACAGCGUGUACCGGACCCGCUCCCUGGGGGUGGCAGCCGAAGGGCUCCCGGACCAGUACGCUGACGGGGAGGCAGCGCGCGUGUGGCAGCUGUACAUCGGGGACACCCGCAGCCGCACCGCCGAGUACAAGGCAUGGCUGCUCGGGCUGCUGCGCCAGCACGGCUGCCAGCGGGUGCUCGACGUGGCCUGUGGCACCGGGGUGGACUCCAUUAUGCUGGUGGAAGAGGGCUUCAGUGUGACGAGUGUGGAUGCCAGUGACAAGAUGCUGAAGUAUGCGCUUAAGGAGCGCUGGAACCGGCGGCACGAGCCUGCCUUCGACAAGUGGGUCAUCGAAGAAGCCAACUGGAUGACCCUGGACAAAGAUGUGCCCCAGUCAGCAGAGGGUGGCUUUGAUGCUGUCAUCUGCCUUGGAAACAGUUUUGCUCACUUGCCAGACUGCAAAGGGGACCAGAGUGAGCACCGGCUGGCGCUGAAAAAGAUUGCGAGCAUGGUGCGGGCAGGGGGCCUGCUGGUCAUUGAUCAUCGCAACUACGACCACAUCCUCAGCACAGGCUGUGCGCCCCCAGGGAAGAACAUCUACUAUAAGAGUGACUUGACCAAGGACGUCACAACAUCAGUGCUGAUAGUCAACAACAAGGCCCACAUGGUGACCCUGGACUAUACGGUUCAGGUGCCAGGGGCUGGCCAGGAUGGCUCUCCUGGCUUGAGUAAGUUCCGGCUCUCCUACUACCCACACUGUCUGGCAUCCUUCACGGAGUUGCUCCAAGCAGCCUUCGGGGGCAAGUGCCAGCACAGCGUCCUGGGCGACUUCAAGCCUUACAAGCCAGGCCAAGCCUACGUUCCCUGCUACUUUAUCCACGUGCUCCAGAGGACAGACUGAGUGUGGCCUCAGCUCCCACAAGCCUCUGCCCAGGCACUGCUAGGCUCUGUCUGGAAGAUGGGGACCAGCAGCCCCACACCAGGGCCAGCCUCUAGAGCAGACUACAGCUGGGGUGCAGGGAUGUGGGUUCCGCAGAGGGAAGGGUAAACAAUAUAGUCUUUUUCAGUUCCUG